GUGCGAGGAUGUCUCGCUCGUUCUGUCGGACUCGGAUAACGGCGUGUCCAGCGUGACGACGGUGGAGGAGGACGACGUGGUUGGAAAGACGAUGGCGACGGCGACGUACCAGCAGAUGCUACGGGACCUCUUCGAUGAGAAUGUGCUGGCUAAGUUGGUGCGGACUGCUAUAGAGGCUCUGGAGGAUAAUUCGCCUCCCACCGCGUAUCCUGAGUUUGUCCCCGACGGACCCUCGGCCACAGGCCAAUACUUCCUUCGCGAUGCUGAAUUCUGGACCUGCGGCUUCUUUCCGGGCUUGCUGUACCUGCUUGUCGAGCGGGCAGUCAAGUACCCGCGCGUUUUCCCGUAUUACAGUCGGAACCCGGACGACAACAGGCUGAAUCCAACGGCCCUACGACAGAAACUGCUCGCGCUCUGCGACUCUUGGACGCAGCCUCUUCAUGCGAUGGCGACCAGGACAGAUACCCAUGACUUGGGGUUCAUCAUCCAGCCCGCUCUGUGUACCAGCUGGGAGCUGACAGGCAACGAGCACAGCCUGCAGCUUGUGCUGACUGCAGCGCACAGCUUGGCGACUCGGUACGACCCACGAGUCCGUGCGAUUCGCAGCUGGGACGCCUUGCGUCAGGUCAAUGUCGAGAUCACCAGUCUCACAGACGACUUCCUCGUCAUCGUCGACAGCAUGUGUAACCUCGAUCUCCUCUAUUAUGCCGCCCACCACACCGCGGACCGCACCCUGUCCGAUAUCGCCACGGCACACGCCCACACCAUCAUCUCUUCCAUUUUGCGCAGGGAAUCUCCCCACACUACUGUCCCUACCAACAGCCGCUACAAUGGGCCGCUCUUUUCAACCUGCCAUGUGGUGAACUUUGAUCCCCGCACUGGGUCGGUCAAGGAGCGCCGCACCGCACAGGGAUACAGCCAUGACUCAACCUGGGCGCGCGGCCAGGCAUGGGCCAUACUAGGUUUCGCACAGACGUACACGUGGACGCACGAGCAGGAGUUCCUGUCUACGGCGUGCGGACUAGCCGAAUACUUCCUGCAACAGCUGGAGGCGGCACCUAGCUGCGUUGAGCGUCAUGGCCGGUACGUCCCGCUGUGGGAUUUCGACGCCCCGAUCGAGGAUUUAGACAGCCCUCUUCGUGACUCGUCGGCGGGCGUCAUCGCCGCCAACGGGAUGCUCGUGCUCUCGCAGGCUCUCCUGGCGGAGGGGAAUACCAAACUCGCAGAUCGGUUCCGGGUGGCGGCCAUGCGUAUAGUGAGCGAGACUCUCACGCAUUGUCUCGCCAACAAGGCGAAAUUCAUCGGCAGGGUUUCCUCUCCCGAGGAAGACAUCUCUGUUUCAGACGUUGGACGCCGCUUCGACGCCAUCCUGCAACAUGCAACGGCCAACCAUAACGCCGGGGACCAUGAUCGCUACAGUGACCAUGGACUCGUCUAUGCGGAUUAUUAUCUCGUGGAGUUUGGGAAUAAACUUCUCCGAAUGGGAUUUGCCUAGAUUUCUUUUGAUUAUAGG